AUGCUGAAAUUAUUAUGCCUAUUUGGAAGAAAUGAAGAUAUUCGACAGUUAAUAACUGACGGAGAAACUAUACAUCAAACUUUACCGAAUCUCCUGAAAUUGGCUUGUAAUGCUCAACAACUUGACGUGGAAUUUUCAGAAUUACUUGAGCUAACUGUUGAUCUCAUAGAAGUUCUAUAUGAUCCUCAAUACAUGUGGAGAAGGUGGAAAACUAGUUACCAUGAUCAGAAGUAUGAAAGUGUAAAGUUAUUCAACUAUGUUCCAUCAUUAUCAAAAGAAACACUUGACAAUAUCUCCGCUUGUUUAUUCGAUUUAUUGAAGCAAUUCCAUGGCAGACGAGAAAUUCAAUUCCCUUUGACUGAAGCUUUUUGUUGCUUAACAGUUGGAUGUUUUGGUUUUGUCCAACUAGAUCAUGUACGCAAUAUAACCUCUCUGAUCGAUGGAUCGUAUAAAGAAAGUUCAUCUUCGCCUACAAAGCAACGUGGACAAGAGAAGAUUGUUAUAAUACGCUGUAUGAAUGGAGAAUCUAAUUCGGAGAUUAAUUUAUCGAAGGAUAUUUCCGCCAACAUAACUAAUUCGACAGCAAAUAAUAAACCUAUGACCAGUUCAUUGCCGACAGAUCUCGAAAAUGAUUCAUCAGAUAAUGAUGAAGUCUACGUUACCUCCCCGAUAGUCUAUACAAGCUUUUUAGUUUAUGCUCUGAGUCUUCAAGAGUCAAGUAUGGUAUCUCUGAAAUCAGUCGUGGAUCAAUUUCGUUCUGACAUCAACAGCAGGAAAUGUUUGUCAAUACUUGAUUACCACUAUCAAAUCUUACUUAUUCACUUAUCAAGUCGUAUUAGAAUAUGCUAUCAAUAUCAACCAGAUACACUAUUAUCCAAUUUUCAAUCUACACUUAUGAAGUAUCCAAAUGAGAAACACUGUCAAUAUGCAUUAACUUUUCUAGCCACAUUAGAUUUAGAUAACUCCUCUUUUGAUGCAUUGAAGACAACAGUGAGAGAAGAUACAACACCAACACCUCCACCAUACUGUAGAAUAAAACUACCGAAACAUUUUUAUAAUCGAUUAACAGACAGUCUGUGCUCUUAUUAUUCUAUUGAUUCAAAAGGGAAUACUACUGAUAAGUGUUCAACGAGUCGUAUUUCACCAGUUGUCAUUGGGAAAUAUCUUUUAUCUUGGAUUUAUGGAAGAUUACCAAUCUGUAUUGAUCCACAAUUGGAACAGCUGAUGAAUCAACGUUCUGAACAAUCAACAUCAGAUGCAUAUAUAUGUGUCAUCCAACAUGGUGAUAUUCUCAUUGUCCUACUGAAAUGGAUCACCUAUCUUUGGAUAGAUUAUGAAAAUAAUCCAAAAAAUUAUUUUAAAUCAAUGAAUAUUGAUUUAUUUAGUAUAAUUCAACAAAUAUUAAAAAUUAUUAUUGAUUCAUUAUUAAACAGUCAAAAUUCUAUUGUACAAUUGAGUAGAGCACAUUGUUGUGAGACUGGUGUCAUCCGUUGGGGAUUAAUUCCGAAUAUUAUGAAAUUAUGUGAUAAUUUAAAGUUGAAAUUAAAUUUUAUGAUGAUGAAUAGUAUAGAAUUGACUGAAGAUGAAUUGACAGAAGUGAAGAGUCAUUUUUGUCAAACACGCAAAAUUUUUGAAAUGUUCUUAAGAAUACUUGAAUGUCUUGGGGAAUUUUCAAUGUCAGCGCCAGAUUUAGCACAUCUGCUAAAAAUGCUUCGUUCAGAAUCAGUCAGGAUAUUUUGUAGUCAAAUAUUGAAGAAUUUUUAUUACUUUAAUUGCAAAUUUUAUUACAAACUGAUAUCAUUUAAAUGA